AUGUCCGCCUCGGAUUCUCGCGCACCAAAACAAGGCUACCCACGCUUCUUGGAGCCAAUCAUCCAAGAUACAGAUCAAAAUCCGGUGGUCUUGUACACCAAAGACAAGUGUGAAGAGUCCAAGAAGGCACGCGGCGUAUUGAAGAGCGAGAAGAUCAACUUUGUAGAAAAGAACGUCGACACUCUAACGAAAGAAGACGCUAAAAAAGGGAAAGACUACGCGCUGGGACUUCGGGUAAUUACGCAGAGCCGCGUUUACCCGCAACUAUUUGUCUGCGGUGACCUGGUCGGCGAUCUGGCCGAGCUCGAAAAAACGAAGACCUCGUUGAAGGAGAUGGUAUCGCAGUGCGCCGGCAUCCGGAAGAAGCGGAAAGAAGAGGCGGCGAAGAAGUCUGUGCUCGACCCGUUG